UGUGUCUGUCAAAAACUUUUGACACUUGAAUUGAUUCAAAAUAGAAAAUGUUAAAAAGUAUCAAUAAUUUUAGUGCUUAGAGGUUCAUUGCCGUUCUACUAUAUGAUUUUUAAAGAGUUUUUAAAAAAGUUUAUGUUUUUAAUGAUGAGGAUACUUAAUAAAACUUCUGACCGUUUGCAUUUUGAACUCAUUGUAUGAUUGUGCAAAUAAUUUAAAAUAUAUUUUUCAGCUCUUCUUAUGGGGAAACAUUCUGAAUGGAGGAAGUUAGCAAAGAAAGCAAGAAGAAAGCGAAUCAGACAGCAGAAUGCUCGACUAAGAGACCAAAAAGAAAUUGAAGAACUCAAAAAGUGGGAAAGUACAACAGAGUAUAAAAUCUAUUUGGCAGAAAGAGCUAGGGCUGAAGAAUUGAAAAUUGAACAGGAAGCUAAAGAAGCCAAGGAACGUGAGGUACAAUGGUUGAUAGCAGAAGCACAAGCUCAGCUACAAUUCAAAGAACUACAAGAAAAAUUAUCUCUGGCAAGAGUAGAAAGAGCCAGGCAAAAUGAACUAAUCAAACAAGAAUGGGAAAAGGAUCAAAAAAAGCAAAAGGAGUUGAAAGCUUUGCAAGAAAAAGAGCUAGAGGAAAAAUUAAAGGAACAGAAAUUACUCAAUGAAAAAGUAGAUAAUUUCAUCGAGAAUGGAGGUGAUACUCCUGAUCAUUUGAAAACUAUCUUGGAGACUAAUCCAAACAAAUCAACUUGCCCUUUUUUUCAAAAAACAUCUACUUGUCGCUUUUAUGACUGCUGUUCUAGAAACCAUGUGCGACCAGGAAUAAGCCGAAUAAUACAAAUACCAAAUUUCUUUUCACAUUACAGCCUAGAAAAAACAGAAAAUGAUAAUUUCAGUGACUCCAGUUUGGAAUUUGAAAGUCACGAAACAUUCGAACAUUACCGAGAAUUCUUUCAUGAUGUUGUUUCAGAGGUGGAAAACUAUGGAAAAAUCAAACUUUUUAUUACCUGUUGUAACCACGAGACACAUUUGAGAGGCAAUGUUUUUAUAGAAUUCAGUUCUACAAGGAGUGCUCUCAAGUGUUACAGAGGCUUGAAUGGUCGCUGGUAUGGUGGGAAGCAGCUUAGUGUUCAGUUUUCAACGAUACCGAGUUGGAAAUCUGCAAUUUGUGGUCUCUACAACUUCAAAAGAUGUCCUAAAGGUAACAGUUGCAACUUUCUUCACAUAUUUCGAAAUCCAAGAAAUCUAUACAGUUCUAUUGAGGAAACCAGAAACCAAAGACCCAAAAACAGGGAUGACCAGUCAGACCCCAGAAACUGGAGAUGGUCUGAAUCUCCAGAAAGAUUUCCUUUUUCUGAACGUUCUGAAUGGGAUAAUGAUACCGAGUAUGAGGAUCACCAAAGAAAACCUAAAUCUCACACUAGUCACAGAUCACGAAGGAGGCGAAGUAGAUCUAAUGACAAAAAUAGUUCAUCGAGUCGUUCAAUAUCUUCCAGGUAUAGUAAUGGCAGACAUAGAGAAAGGAGUUCUCGUUCAAGGACUCCAGAGAGAAAGAGAAAAAAAACAAGAACAAGAAGCAGAUCCCGGAGUUCAAGAUCAUCUAAGAUACAUACAAAUAGUGAUAUUAGUUCUGUCCAUUAAAAUCCUUUUUUU